AUGAUGGGCGAGGUUGUUACUGAGGAAAGAAUACGAAGAGUCACUCGUGUUAUUGUUAAAGAGAAAGGUCCGCCUGUCGACAAUCGCAUGAUUUUAGAUGCCCUUGAUCCUACAGACAGAGAGUAUCUUACACAGAGAUGCGCUUUCAGCCUGCCUCCGAAGCAUUAUUGCUGCAGCGAAUCAUUCCUCCAGUCAUAUUUUAGACUUGCUUACCCAUCUUGUCCCGUCUUUGAUCCAUAUGAGUUCAUACAAUCAUACGAUUCUGGGACCUACUCAUUCUUCCUAUUACAGGCCGUUUUGGCCAAUGCGUCCUUGUUCGUACCCCAAAAGAUUCUGGAAGCAUCUGGAUUCGCAAGCCGCUCAGAAGCAAUAGAAACGUUUUGCAUCAGAGCUGCAUUACUUUACGACUUCAACUGUGAAAAAAGCCAGCUGAGGCUAUUGCAAGGCUCUGCUGUUUUGGCAAUGACGGGAUUUUCUGGAACUGGGGAUAAAGACUUCAGCUACUGGUACCACAAUGCUAUCCGUCUGGCGAUUAAGAUGGGAAUACACCACCAAGGUUUCAACACACAUGAGAUAGACUCAGCAACCUAUAGGCUAUACCAGAGGAUCUGGUGGACAUUAUAUAGCCGUGAUAUAAUGCUACUUUUUUCUGGCGUAGAGAAUAAAAGUCUGCUGGGAAGUAGUACUGAGAGCUUGACAGCCCUUCCACCUGCAGAAAUGUGGGUGCCUGAGAAUAUCUCACCAUCAUGCGCAUCCGUACUACCUCCCCUGACGCUAUUAGAGAGUCUCUAUUUCGUCGAAAAUUGCAAGCUGGCUACCAUCGCCUCACAAUGCCUUUCAGUGGCCAAAUCCGGAUCUCCGAAUUCUCUAGUUCAUAUUCAAGAAGCUUUCAGCACAUGGCAUGCAUCAGUUGCUGAGCCUUUGCUGCCGAAUCCAGGUCAAGAUCCCCGCGAUGGUCCAUGGCAUAUUGUCCUGAUAGCUACAAGCUAUCGCUUCCAAUGUAUGCUAUAUCGUUGGUUAAGGAAGCACUGGGAGGCCAACGAUACACUGUUGUCAGAAAAUGCCAACAGCUGUCUCAAGCUUGCAAUGUAUGAACUGGAUGCGAUGAUUGGUAGGGCUUUAGCUUAUGAUAUGUUGCGUAAUCUUCCUAUAGCAUUCUUGAUCUGCGCUCCUGCAGUCCUUGCCUUACAUCUUGAGAUAGUUCUCAAAUCUUCUGAGCCUGAUGAGCUUAAAUCACGAUCUCUCAUCUACAUCCAACAAUCCCUCAUCUGCAUGAAGCAGUGCCGGGAUUUGCCACAAAUUCAGGUGGCUCUUGGAGUCGCCGAAUGGGUUUUGGCUAAAAAGUCCUUACUGCACAAUUGGAGCCGCGAAGUGUUUCCUAACGGAGAAACUCCUGAUCAUACUGUUUUGAGAUCCUCGAGAGAUUGGUUCUACUCUGCGCAUAAUACCGAGAGCCAGAUCCACCGUUCUCAAGAUGACCUGGCGGAGACUGGCGUGGGCCUAGAUGAUUUCUUAGUAUUCGGCUUGCCCGAAAACAUGAUGUUCGAUUAUUAG